AUGAAGAAAAACAGAAAUCGAAUGGCAUCGAACUCACCGUACGCAGAUCUCGUCGAUCGACCACUUUUUGGUGAAACCAGAUCUCGAGAUCGAAUAUCAUUCAUGAUCAUCACAGCAGUUACAACUGUCUUCGUUCUAGCAACCUUUGUUGGCAUGUUUCUUUUCAAACACAUCAGUGGGACUCAUAUUUUUCUGAAUAUCUGUCUUAUACUUCUACUUGGCUCGCAUUUAUGUCUACGGAAAAUAAGUUUUAUAUCGACUCCAAUCCGAUCGAUAGGUUCGAAACGGUCAUGUUAA